UUUUCAGUGAAAUGGGAGGCAAACUAGGCAAGCUCUGUUCGCCCCAGGUCCAGUCAGUGGGCUCCGUGCUGGACCGAGUCAUCUCGCAGCCCAGCAGCGAGGCCCAAACGGUUCUGUACAAACUCGCCGACUUCCAUAAAGGAGGUCUACUGCUAGAGACGUACACUAAAGGAGGCAUGGUGGCGGCAGAGAAGCUGAUCCGCGAGGAGUUCGCAGCCUACAUGUACGCUGGGGGCCGCGGGCGAGUCAUCAACCGCGCGGAGUACUUGCGGUGGAAGUUCCGAGAUCAGGAACAGGUGGUCCUGCCGAUCGAAGCGUCGUUGUCUCCACAUGAUCCCCUGGCGAAGUGGGAAGACCACAUGUCCUGCUGGCAGAUGAGCUAUCGCGGCGCGCUAGGCGAGUCGCUGUUGCACGUCCUCAUCAUUUGCGAUACUAAGAUCCACACCAGGCUCGCUAGAACCCUUCUCAAAUGUUUUCCAAAGCUAUCAAUGGAUGUCGUGGAAGGCGAGGAAUAUUUAGGAGCCAGUUCUUUACAUUUGGCAAUAGCGUACAGCAACAACGAACUGGUCCAAGAUCUAGUGGACUGCGGUUGUGACGUCAACCAGCGAGCGAUUGGCAGUUUCUUCCUGCCCCGCGACCAGCAAAACGUUCCACCGGCUCGACAGACUAACUACGAAGGGCUGGCGUACCUGGGCGAGUACCCCCUGGCGUGGGCGGCGUGCUGCGCUAAUGAAUCCGUCUACAACCUGCUUUUGGAGUCUGGUGCGGACCCAGAUAUGCAGGACUCCUUUGGCAACAUGAUACUGCAUAUGGUCGUCGUUUGCGACAAACUGGACAUGUUUGGCUACGCGCUCCGCCACCCGAAGGUGCCCGCCAGCAACGGGCGCAUGAACCGUGCCGGCUUCACCCCCCUCACUCUGGCCUGCCAGCUGGGUCGAGACUCCGUGUUCAGAGAGAUGCUUGAGCUGUCCUGUAGGGAGUUUUGGCGAUAUUCCAACAUCACGUGCUCUGCGUAUCCGCUUAAUGCUUUGGAUACGCUUUUACCUGAUGGGCGAACAAAUUGGAACUCGGCGCUUUUCAUAAUCCUUAACGGAACAAAACAAGAGCAUUUGAACAUGCUGGACGGAGGGAUCAUCCAAAGGCUUUUAGAAGAAAAGUGGAAAACUUUUGCAAGAAACAAAUUCCUCAAACGGCUGCUGAUUCUGCUGGUACAUCUUAUACUGCUCUCUGUGUCUGUGUAUCUCCGGCACAGCGCUGCAGAGGCAGAGGCUAAUCCUGAGUGGAGACUUGAGAUAACAGACGCUCGAGGCGGCAUCAGGCUGGCGUGCGAGUUAGGCACCAUCGUCAGUACGCUAUGCUACAUUGUUCUCCAACAAGGCGACGAACUCAAAAACCAGGGCGUCGUAGCUUACAUCAAACAGUUGAUUCACGAACCAGCAAAAUUCAUCUUCCUAGUAUCGAACCUGCUCCUCCUGGUGUGUAUACCGGCGAGAUUGAUGCGACUGCCGAUGCUGGAGGAGGCACUGCUCAUAUUUCUGCUGCCUGGCUUUUGGUUUCUGCUCAUGUUCUUUGCUGGGGCAGUCCGACUGACGGGUCCGUUCGUGACGAUGAUCUAUAGCAUGAUUACUGGCGACAUGUUCACCUUCGGCAUCAUCUACUGCAUCGUACUCUUCGGCUUUUCGCAGUCUUUCUACUUCCUUUACAAAGGGUUCCCCAAUGUUUCAUCCACUUUAUAUGCAAGUUACCCGACCACAUGGAUGGCUUUGUUUCAAAUCACACUGGGAGAUUAUAGUUACUCAGACCUGGGCAUGACCUCCUACCCAAACCUGACCAAGUCCGUGUUCACUCUAUUCAUGAUCUUCGUGCCGAUUCUGCUUCUCAACAUGCUGAUCGCCAUGAUGGGAAACACUUAUGCGCAUGUCAUCGAGCAGUCCGAGAAGGAAUGGGUUAAACAGUGGGCUAAAAUCGUCGUCUCUCUCGAGCGAUCCGUGGCGCAAGAAGAUGCACACAGAUACCUGCAAGAGUAUUCCAUCGGCUUAGGCCCGUCGGACGACCCGCGGUACGAGCAGCGUGGAGUCAUGGUCAUCAAGAGUAAGGACAAGACGAGAGCCAAGCAGCGGAAAGGCGCACUUGCCAACUGGAAGCGCGUUGGGAGGGUGACGAUAGCAGAGCUGCGAAGACGAGGAAUCACGGGAGAAGACCUUCGGAGGCUGAUGUGGGGUCGAGUGUCUAUUUCCACGCCCACUAAAGCACCUCUUGGAAGGCGCCCACAAGCCCCUCCACCGGACUGUGUAGCAGCCGCAGAAGUCAGCCAAAUUGGUCUCUCGGGAGGGGAUGCUCUCAACGGAGUUGGGACCGCGCUGUCUUCCGCUCUCGAUGUCAUGGCUUUCACGCACGACCUGGAUCUUGGUUCCACUGAUACAGACCAAAUGAAACAACCAACGCCAGACCUCCUAGUAAACGGAAAAACCAUCCCAAAGCCAGGCCAAACCACAGUCAGUCAACCUGGACAAAUGCCACCAGGCCAACCAGGGCUUGCAGUUCCCAAAACUGCAGGCACACCCUCGCCUGUAUCUGGAACAGGGCUACAAGUGCCUUCUGGGAUUAUUCCGACAGUUCCAAGUGUUCCAGGAGGUUUGCCAGGAGCUGGUUUGACUGGACAAGUUCAAAGCUCUCAAGGCAUUUUGCCAGGCUCAGGACCUGUGCAAGGCAUACCUGGACAGGGUAUGCCAGGACCAGUUGCUGGACUAGGAUCAUUGCCAGGACCAGGCCUUGGUACGGGACAGAUUACUAUGACGCAGGAUAUGUUAAGAAUUGGAGUACCGCAGCCACCUGCGCCAGUAGAAUCGUUCCGUGACUUCUUAUUCGAGCUGGUGCUGCUGGCUUACUCGCGGAGCCCUGACCAGGGGCAGCUGCGGAACCUCGCGGAGCAGGCGGCUGAUCUGAAGGGUGUUCCGGAGAUCGAUAUCAAUAUGAGCACAACAGCGAAGUCAGCUCGCAAGGUGGUAGCUGGGGCGGUAUCGGGCCUGUUCGGCGUGGCAGCCGACGCGCCCGCCGCAGACGCCGGCUGGCGACGAGAACGGCACGAGCAGAGCGACAGUGAUCCACCGUCAGAAUCCGUACUGCUGGGGCGAGCGUCGAGGGCGCGACGAGCGCGCUCCGCGUCGAAACGUGCUGAACCGCCCCCGCCGCACCUCUACGUGCCAGCCAGGUCAAUGUAUUUUGUUGCAUCGGAGAGUAGCGCUUUGGAAAGUGACGCCCCCUUAGAAGACCAGCCCAGUUCCGGAAAUAAUUCCGCGUUUGGAGGUCGACGGGACGACGCAGCCCGCAUACGGGCAGCACGCCCCCUCUGCAUAUUGCAGGCAACCGGGCAAAACCCUGUGGAACAUUCCGUUUAUGUUGUAGGUUCCGGUGAUGGAGCGGAAGUAGAAGCUACACCAGUUCAGAACAAACCAAAGCACGAGAGAAGAGUUAGGCCGAAAACAGCGCGCACCCGUCGCAACAGAGUAUCUCCAGUCCCCGAAGCCGGCAACCCCCUGGAGCCCUGGGCCACGGCGCCGCUGUCGCGCCUCUCUCGACUGAUCCGCUCGACCAGCGCCUCAACGGCCUCCUUGACCGAUACGGAAUCGCCCAGAUAUUGAGUACCAAGUGUUGUAG